UCACACUCUACUCGUCAGUGGGCCCACCACCAAACCACGAUUUUAAUAUUUCAUCUCUACAGUUAUAAAACUUCCAACGACGAAGUCUUACAUUUGCGAUUCCAGUGUCUUUUUCUGGUGAUGACUGACGACAUCACGUGUAUCGACGUGGCGCAGCAAGGCUGAUCCCAACGAGAGAACUUCACCUCGUGUCAACUUCAUAUCUUCACAUAUUCCAGCCUGGUGAGGGUAAAAAUCGUCCUUGAAGCCUUGUAUUGGUGCAGAUGACAAUGUGAAUACCCUUUCCAGGCCCUAUCGAAGCGGACUAGGAUGCGCCCUCAAUCUCGCAAUGGAUUCGAAACGGCGAUUAUCUGCGCCUUGCCGUUGGAGUUUGACGCCGUCGAGGCCUUAUUUGAUGAGACUUACGAUGAAUUUGGCGCGAACGUGUACGGCAAGCGGCAAGGCGAUCCGAACUGGUACCGGACAGGCCGGAUUGGGACUCACAAUGUUGUGUUGACCUGCCUUCCUGAAAUGGGAAAAGCCAGUGCAGCAAGCGUUGCGUCCAACUUACAGGUGAGCUUUCCAAGGGUCACUCUGGGCCUCCUGGUAGGGAUCUGCGGCGCAGUGCCAUUUCCAUCCGAACAAACCGAAAUCAUCCUGGGAGACGUUAUUGUCAGCGACAAGGUUGUGGAAUAUGACCUGGGCAAGCAGUAUCCCGAUGGAUUCAGGCGAAAUGGAGCUGUUAAAGAGAUUCUCGGUGGGCCCAAUCGCACGAUCAGGAGCUUUUUGUCCGGUCUGAAGACCCGGAGAAUGCAUGACCAGCUGCAAGAGAAUACUUGGAAAUACCAGCAGAGCUUCCGAGGCGAUCACCAUGGCAAAUGGCAGUAUCCAGGAACGUCGCAAGAUCAAUUAUUUCCCGCCGAUUAUCGCCAUAAACACUAUCACCAGCACCCUGAUGCCACCUGCCUCUGUGCGGAUUGUCAUUACAGCCGUGACGCUGUUUGCGACAAAGCGCUAGACCUCAGCUGCAGAAAGCUCGGAUGCAUGGGUUCUCUAAUACAAAGAAAUCGCCUGAGCGCAGACUCUCCUAGGCCAUGUGUUCAUUUCGGCUCUAUGGCUUCCGCUGAUACAGUCAUGAAAUCCGGUGAACACCGCGACGCACUUGCCGCGCGAGAGAAGGUAAUUGGAUUUGAAAUGGAAGGAGCUGGGAUAUGGGACAGCCUGCCCUGCAUCAUUAUAAAAGGCGUGUGCGACUACGCGGAUAGCCAUAAGAAUAAGAUAAUGCAAAACUACGCCGCGGCAACUGCUGCCUCUUGCGCCAAAGCUUUCUUGAUAUCUUGGGCCUCUAGCGUGUCCGAGCCAUUGGAACGCCUUGCUGUGGUUUAUGAAGGAGAAGGUGACGAUGCAUAUCAAGAGACGCUGUCGGAUGGCCAGAGGAAGGAGUUGCUAAACAUGCUCCGAUUUGAUCAGAUUGAUGCCCGCCAAAUGUCCCUUAAGGGCGCACAAGGCAAGACUUGCCGCUGGAUGCUCCAAUCUCGCCGGUACAAGGAGUGGCUUGACUCUGGAAAAUUGGAGAAGCACAACGGGUUUCUCUGGAUUAAGGGAAAGCCCGGAGCGGGCAAGUCAAUUAUGAUGAAGUUUCUCUUCCAGGAAGCAAAAAGGGUCAUGAAGAAUGCCGUCGUCAUAUCGUUCUUUUUCAAUGCUCGAGGCGAUGCUCUAGAAAGAUCAACCAAUGGCAUGUAUCGCUCGCUGCUUUUCAAUCUGCUGUCCAGAAUGUCUGAUCUCAUGCCGUGCCUGGAUCACUGCGGCACAAACAGCCUGAACACCAUCAGAAACAGUGGUUGGCAAUCGGAAAUGCUCAAAGAGGUAUUUAGACUGGUUGUCGGCCGCCUUCGAGACCGUCGCGUCGUUUGCUAUGUCGACGCAUUGGAUGAAUGCCCUGAGGAUGAUAUCCGUGACAUGGUAUCUCUAUUUGAGGAGCUCGGUGCCCGCGAGAAAGCAAGCGAGCUCCUAGUUUGUUUCUCCAGUCGCCACUAUCCGGAGAUCACUAUCAGAACGGGACUGCAACUGGUCCUGGAAAAAGAGCACGAGCAUGGAGACGAUAUCCGCCUCUAUAUUGAGUCUCAGCUCAAGAUUGAGAAUACGCCUCAGGCUGACGAGAUCAAAGCUGAGAUAUCGAGAAAAUCGUCCGGUAUUUUUCUCUGGGUCGCCUUGGUUGUGCCCAUCCUGAACAAGGAGCAUGAUCGAGGUCGCACCAAAGCCUUGAAACGACGGCUCGACGAGAUCCCGGCCGGAUUGCAUGACCUGUUCCUCGAUAUCCUCACAAGAGAUUCCAAAGAUAUAGAUGAGAUGGUCCUCUGCAUCCAAUUUAUCCUGUUUUCCAAGCGGCCCCUCAGUCCUCAAGAGUUGCAGGUUGCAGUUCUUACCGGCUCUGAGAACCAGCUUCAAGAUCCUCUCAUCGAAUCAGAGGUGACAGGAGAGGUUCUGAGAAAGUUUAUUCUAGACGUGUCGAAGGGAUUAGCUGAGAUCACAAAGUCCAAGGCACCAACCGUCCAGUUCAUUCACGAGUCAGUGCGAGAUUUUCUCCUUAAGGAAGGGGGAAUGAAGAAACUGGCAAACAGAGAAAGUAACAUCGAAGGAGAGAGUCAUGCCCAGUUUGCCAGGGUCUGCCUACUACAGCUCGGAGCUGACCUGAAAUCCCAUGGUGGCCGUGCUGGUUACGCGCGUGUUGCAUUUGAUGAAAAUCAGGCCCAGACAAUCUUAAGCAAGUUCCCCUUUGUAGAGUACGCCGCUAAUAACAUUAUCCACCAUGCCAACACUGCACAGCGCCUCGGAGUGUCGCAAACGUCGUUCCUUGAAAAUCUGGUUGUGGACAAAUGGAUUCCCCUCUACAACACCUUCCAAAAACAUUCCACUCAUCGCUAUAGCCGUGAAACACACCGCUUGUAUAUUCUUUCGGAGCAAGGAGCGGAGGCUCUGAUCAGGAUCCACCCCGAUAGAUCUCGUCAUCUGGAGCUGAUGGCUGGUGGCCGAUUCAGAUACCCACUGCUUGCUGCAUUAUAUUCCGGGGGCAAAGCCGCUGCGAGGGCCUUACUGGGUGUUGAUACGUCCGAGGACACCUAUUCAGAUACAGCAGAGCAGCAGUCCAUCGAAGCCCCUAGAAAAAUGAAGUUAGACGCACUGUUCAAAUCCUCACGCAGUUUCCUCUCGUACAUUUCGGAGUUUGGGGACACGGCCCUUCUGCGCAAGAUACUAGAGACGGGUGAAUACAAGCGCGCGGAAGUACACUGGCGGUCCGCCGUUAGAAUGACAACUAGUCCGGCCUCCACCCUCUCCUACGCUGCAUCAGAGGCUGUAGUGGAGCUUCUAAUGGAAUUUGGUCCAGACAUUGGGCUAUUCUAUAAUACUAGUCAACACGACGUAGUGACGAAUACCAACGCCGUGAUAGGGAAUGGGACAAGUAGCAAUUCCCGCUUCCAGCACUUAAUUGAACGCUGGCCUUCACUCCUUGGGCAGACAUUCCUGGAAUAUGCUGCCGAGAGAGGAUUUGACCGGCUCACAAGCGCCGCACUCCGACAUGCACCCCAAACUGUCGAUGAACGAAACUCGCAAGGGCAAACUCUCUUUUCCCUGGCUGCUCAAGGCCGAACGAACCACACUGGCCGGCUGGCGGUGAUGAAAAUACUUCAUGAAGCUCAGGGAGACCCAAACACUGCAGACAAUUCUGGUAAAACGGCGUUGCAUAAUGCAGUCCUGACACCAUUCAACGAUGAUAUCAUUCAGUUCUUAGCAGUGUCAUGUGAAGUCGAUAUGGAACAUAAAGAUCACACGGGACAUACAGCACUUGCUUUAGCUGUCCAAAAGUCUCGAAAGGGAUAUGCCCAGCUCCUUGUCGCUGCCGGGGCUAAUCCCACGACACGAUUGCCGGACGGUACGCCCGUGCUCACGUACUGUGUGAAAAUGGGGUAUAUGGGGAUAUUCAGCCUCUUGUACAAUGAUAGGAGAUGCGAGUAUGACGCUACUGACUCUAAUGGGCGUACAGCACUCUCGUGGUGCGCGACAGUAGGGGACGAGACGGCAGCGAAAAUGAUGUCAAUGCUUCUUAUAUCGGACACAGUGAACCCUAAUGCGCGAGAUAGUGAAGACCGCACGGCCUUGGAGCGAGCAAUACGGAGUGCUCAACCUGAAAUGGUAAUGAUGCUUUGCCUAUCCACCAAGUCUCUCGAUAUUACUACUAGAAAAGGAAUAAACGUUUUGACCCUGGUUGUUGCUCUUUGCCGCGAACAGAAUUGCCGUGAAUUCCACGAGAUGGCCAGGCUGCUGCUUGGGUAUGGACACAUCUCGGACGACUGGAGAAAAGGGGUCCAGGACUUAUUGAGAGAUUGUGAAGCGUAUGGGCUCGAGGAGAUGUCCCGCAUGAUACGGGCAUUCCUAGAGGGAGGGGAUUUGGGUCCACGACUGGUAGAAUAUUCUUCAGUUGUGAAAGGCUUCAAGGUUUUAAGUACUCUAAGCGAAUAAAAACAAGAUAGUUAAGGAGAAACUAAAUGAAAUACCUGAUACCGGCGUGGGAUUGCACUUCCCGG